GUAAGAUCCCGAGGCAGAACCACUGAAAAGCUACGCUUACUCGUUCUGCGCAAACCCGUGAAAUAGUGUUCUAUGUUCGGUGGGGCUUCCUACGGUGACCUAUUGAAGGUCAUUGGUAUUCACGUGAGGCCACAUCGGUAUUACAUGCUUCCCAUGGAGGACCGAGCGUUAGCUUAUUGCGAUUCAUAAGCCCCCAGGUCUAUUUAGACCUACGCACACGUCGGACACGGAAACCUUCGGGAUCUUCCCUCUUACUUAUACUACGCUGCUCCCUCACUACUGGAUUCCCCCAACUUAUUCGUCGUCCUUGCUACAACUCCCAUUCAGGCGAUUAGCUGUAGUUAAAUUAGUCUAACGUCGAACGGCCGCAACAUUUCUCGAUUUAAUUCGUUCCCGUUUACUGAAACGAAUCCUCCGGGGAAGUGCUCCGGCAAUUUUACCGGGACUCAAGAUUUCGAUGUUGAUACUGAACCCGAUAAAAGGGAAUUUACCUGCUCCUGGUCUUCUGCCCCACAACCGGGCACCUUUGUGUGGAUUAGAUACGCUGGCAACAUAAGUUAUGGUCGCUUGGUCCACUGCAUGCCAGAGCUCAAUAUGUUCACCGUACGUCCCGAGGAUGGAGGCCUCAGACGUCUCGUUACUCGUGGGAUCGAGGAUAUUCUACCGGCCAGUAGUAAACGGGCUUCAAUGUCUCCACCCGAUGAGCUGCAAUGGGAAACAACUUCAAAGUGUUACUGUCCUGUUUGCACAACGGGGUCGAAUAGCCAAUGCCGGAAUUACUAUUCAAGUAACAUAAGAUCCUCUUCCUCCCUCAGGGCGCCGUUAUUUAUUGAUGCAGAUAAUGAGCUUUCCUCUCGCCAAAUUUCUGCGGAUGAUGGUCCUUCUGAUGGACCUUCGCAGUCGCUCACAGGUUUGUUGUCUACCUCGCCCAUUUCAUUCACGACUUCACCAACUUUGGCUCACUCUGAUUCUGGUGAAAGCGGCCCGCAACGCCAGUUUGAUGAAUCUCCCAUACGUCUUGGCCACACGUUACCUUCAUGCUCCGGGGACCUGCCUCGUCUCUCUGCGACUUCUGUUUCCUCUAAUUUUGGGCACCUGUAUUUUAAAUCCGAAGAUCAAGUUGAUAUUCCAGGUUGUGCUAUCGUUUCUUCAGUGGACGGCUCUCAUCAAUGUGAUCAAGACUUUGUGGCAACUUGCGACCCCUCCUCCGAAAUCACGGCACAGCAUUCUUCUGAAGUCGUCACCUCAGCGGUUGAGGUGAUCCGUCAAUGGGCCGACUCUCUCAUUUCUUUGUGUCAAAAACCAAUGUCUAUGCGGGGUGCUCAGGAAAACGCGAUUACCGCUGUCAACGAAUCAGUCAAAUUACUAGUUAUGCUUUCCACCCAAGAAAAACGGUCUACUGAACGCAUUCAUCCACAACUAGCCAUGGAGGGUGACCGCAUACCAUCUGGCGCCACCUACCAUCUCUCACCCACUGACACAUCAGCGAUCACUUUGGCGUCUUACCCACAUCCUGAUGAACCUAGCCAUAGUUGCGUGUGUCAGCGAUGUGGAUUCCACACCGUUCUCAACCCGCAACGGGAUGCACUGGCUUCCUCGAACGAGUCGAGAUCACUGGGCAUUCGUUUCACUCAGAAAAGCAGUCCCUUCCUAUAUAGACAACAACCUCAGUCACCAGAUCAAGCCUCGUUCUCCUGGUCACCUACAGAACUGAGUCCACCGACCACUGAGAAUUCAACCGAGUUCCCUCAGAUUACACCACCCGAACCUUCGAUGUUGUCCGCACUUCCUCAGCUUCAACAAUUCGAAUCGACGUGCAUUCGCGAUAAGAUCAGCCCUGGGAGUGUAUCUUCUUCAACUGAAACUUCAGUGCAGCAUUCAGAGGCAAGACGUCACGUUUGCCAAAGUUCAGGAUUCAAAUUCCCGUUUUCUGAAGUAUCUGAUCGCGCUUACCCUCCUUACAGGAAACAGCGCACGCUGUCGGAGACGGCUGUAUCUACUGUAUCAUCUGUUGCGACCACUCUGCACUGUACCAUAGGCCCUUCGGGUAUGAGAUCUGAGGUAAAGAAAUGUCGAAAGGUAUACGGAAUCGAACAUCGGGAUCAGUGGUGCAACCAGUGUCGCUGGAAAAAGGCUUGUCGCCGUUUUCCAGACGCUCCUUCUCCAAACCCAAUCUCCUCAAAACCGAUCAAAUCGGAUGCGGCGGCACCCAGCGAAUUGGCUAGGGACGAAUUUGAACUAGUGAGCACCGAUCCCCUAGCGCAGUUAUCCACGUCUGCCGGUUCAAUUUUGUGACUGCUCCUCAUCCAGGUAUCGUUUUUCACUUCGGCACCACUUCAUCUCAGUCAUUGACAUUUCCCGACUACUAUACGCUUCGCUGCCGUUGCUCUCAUCUGAGUGUCUUUUUGACACCCACUCACCGGACAUUAUGGCAUUACUUUUCUUCAGACUGUAUUUUCCGGUGCCUUCAUUGAAGCAUCACUACUAUAUCAACGUGGCUCAUUACAUUGCAUUUUGUCCACACAGCGAAACACGCUUGGAUAGUACCAUCGUUCACCCUCGUCCGCUCACUAAACUUUCAUGUUGUCAUCAAAUUUCUCCACCUAUGUCAUGAUGGUUCAUGCUACUCUAUGGAUGCCUUUUUCUUUCCAUUCUUCUUUUGAUACUCCGGUUUACUAUACAUCUUGGCUCAUCAUCUACUUUUUACUGGCUUACUGUUCAUACAACGUCUCAUUCCAUUGAUUUUGGAUACAUGAAGCCAUUUUGCCAUUCUCUAUUGUAGCGAUCGCCGUAUUUUCGAUCUCCCUACCCAUUUUGUGCGGCCAUUUUUGUACUAUUCUUCUACUGGAGGCCUUUCCCUCCUUUUUUACUCCGAGUCCCUUCAUUUUCUGUUUUUCUAUGUGCCUGUUCUUUUAAUUCACCAAACACCCUGGUCUUUCAUUUGUAUUUCCCUUCCCCUCCGCCAUCGUCCACCACGUCCGCUGCAUCAAAGUGCCCUGGGCCUUUUUGACCCCCAAAAAGUUUAUGCGAUUCUGAAAGUUAAAAACGCAAAGGAAUCCUCUUGAGACUUUCAAAUAUCUCCGUAUUUUUGCUUUGUUAUUUUCCUACUUCAUUUUCUAUUUCGGACAUCGUUUCUGUGUUUGCAUCACUUCCGUGCUCAUUACCAAGAGGAAGACACGUCCUCUUCAUCCGUGUGUUGUAGUUUACUACGCUCUCGGUGCAUUUCACGACAUUACCAUUCGUCAUUUAUCUGCCCAUUUUCUAUCGAAAUUCCAUGCAACCCGGUUCAUCCAUCAGAUCAUUUUAGUGUCAUUUCUUAUUCACACAAGAGCAUAUUCUGUUUAUUUUAUUGUAUGCCAUCGGAUUUCGACAUGCUCAAGCCACGAUCAUUGUCUUUGUGGCUCGUUUACUGCCCACUUAUGCUGACUUUCGCGUUGGCAGCUGUGAUAGUUCAUUCGUCUUCCUUCCUGUAUUAUCCAUCUGCAUUUUCCCACUUUUCGUCACUGUCAUUCUUGCCUGCACGAGCGCUGACAAAACUGCGGCACCUGCUUGCCACCUUAUCAUUUAAACCAGACACUUUGUGGUCUUUACGAUUCGCGCCAUUUUGUACUGGGCACAUUUGUCAACCGAACUUUCUCGUCGAAUUGCUGACCCAUUCUGUUGAUUUUUAUAACAGGUACCGUUCCAGCUAGUCCUUGGUUGUGACGUCCUCUUUCAACACCUUGGUGGUAGGGCACUCGGUUCCGCAGUAGGAUGGCUUAUCUAGUCGUGUUAACCACAGCUUCCGCUUAUCGGCUCAGCCUCAUACUGUCUGUUUUCGUAGUUUCCGACUUCCACUUUUUUCCUCCUUUAAUGCAAUCACUACCAGAAUAAAGCCAUCUUGGUCUC